AUGUGGACAUACAAAAAUAGUGUCCCUGAGAAUUUAUACUUAAUGACAGAUUGGGACAAUGAUGGGGAGAGUGAAGGGCAUCAGAGAUAUCAUGAAGGACAUAUUCAAACUGAGACACGUGCCUUUAAUAAGAAACUCACUGCCCCAAAUGGUGAAGGAUAUAAAACUAUGUGGACAACCUCCCUUUUUAAGUCAGCUGUUUCUGAAAAACAGUGUGAUUCUGCAAGAAAAAGCUGCUAUCAAAUAUUCAAACAUACAUGUUUGUGGAAAGAAAAUUUGGAAGAUGGGGAAAGUUAUCUAGCCCAUGCUGAAAAUAAUGAUUUGAACCAUUUUGAAGAUAGGAUUGGAUUAACCUAUCAGUCAAAUAUUUCUGAUAAUCAGAGAUUUAGAAAUGAAGAACAGUGUGCUAAGUGGGGUCUAUUUGAGAGGUGCCGCAAUGUGGAGUUGACCCUACAGAAUUACCAGAGCCUUUUCAAUGGAGACAGAAUUGCUCAAUGCAGUGAAUCUGAGAGAACAUUUAACCAGUGCUCCAGUGUUAAUAGACGUGUGACGACUCCAUUUCCAAAGAACCAUAGUGAAUGUCAUAAAUGUGGGGAAGUCUUUUAUCAGAGCUCUAACCUUACUAUACAUGAGACUAUCCAUGUGGGAGAGAAUCCUUAUGAACAUAAUCAGUGUGGGAAACCUCUUAAGCAGUCCUCCAGUAUUGGUGAUCAUCAGAGAAUUCAUGAGGGAAAAAACCCAUUCAGGUGUAAUAAGCCAGGGAACAUGUUUAGUCAGUCAUCAAGACUAAAUAUAAAUAAUACAAUCUCUACUGGAGAGAAAAAGUACAUUUUUAAAGAAUGUGGUAAAGCCUUUGACUUGCGCUCAACACUAUCUCAACAUCAGCAAAUUGGAGAGAAAACAUAUAAAUGUGAAGAAGGUGGUAAAAGCUUUAAGGACUGCUCAUCACUAAAUAGACACAGGCAAAUCCAUACCGGAGAGAAACUUUACAUGUGUAAAGAAUGCGGCAAGGCCUUUAAGAGGCUACACCACCUUACUCAACAUUACAGAAUUCACACUGGAGAGAAACCUUACAAAUGUAAAGAAUGCGGCAAGGCCUUUAACCAUCAAUCAAACCUUAUUAAACAUCACAGAAUUCAUACUGGAGAGAAACCUUACCUAUGUAACAACUGUGGCAAAGCCUUCAGAUUUCGCUCAGUCCUUACUGAACAUCACAGAAUUCACACUGGAGAGAAACCUUAUAAAUGUAAAGAAUGUGCCAAGGCCUUCAACAGUCAAUCAAACCUUACUCAACAUUAUAAAGUUCAUACUGGAGAGAAACCUUACAAAUGUAAAGAAUGUGGCAAGGCCUUUAACCACCACUCGACACUUACUGAACAUCACAGAAUUCAUACUGGAGUGAAGCCUUACAAAUGUAAAGAAUGUGGCAAAGCCUUUAAGAGGCAGUCAGCCCUUAAUCGACAUCACAGGAUUCAUAGUAGAGAGAAACCGUACAGAUGCGAAGAAUGUGGUAAAACCUUUAAGGACUGCUCAUCACUAAAUGCACAUAGGCAAAUCCAUACUGGAGAGAAACUCUACAAAUGUAAACAAUGUGGCAAAGCCUUUAACGGGCACUCAAACCUUACUCAGCAUCACAGAGUCCACACUGGUGAGAGACUCUACAAAUGUAAAGAAUGUGGCCAGGCCUUUACAUUGCACUCAGGACUUACUCAACAUCACAGAGUUCAUACUGGAGAGAGACCUUACCAAUGUAAAGAAUGUGGCAAGGCCUUUAACAGACAAUCAAUCCUUACUCAACAUUACAAAAUUCAUACUGGACAGAAACCGUAA